AUGAAAGUUGGGCACUGGGUACUGGGCUGCGAUGGAAAUAUUUUAAAUUUUUCAAACAAAGAUUUUUUCCCCCUUUAAUUAUUGUUAGUUAUUGUCCUUUUAUUGGCUCGCAAUUAUCAGUAGACAAAAACCAUACCAAAAAAAGAUGAGCUUUUUAAGAGGCGGCGUUUUAAUAAUGAAAGCUGUCCUGUUUUUUGUUAUUCUCACGUGUGCGUCGUGUGAUUAUUCUAAUCGACAACGUCGACAGGCUGACGUUGUUUAUGCAAGAUGCAACGAUGUCUAUCCUCAAUGCCUUUCUUGGAAAGAACAACAAAAUUGGUGCACUUCUGACCAGUAUAGAGAAUAUAUGGCAACCGUAUGUCCGUUGACCUGCGGAUUCUGCGUUAAAGAAGAUCCAAUACCUGAUCCAGUGCCUAUAAAAUCAGAACCAUCACCAGAACAAACGUCACAAGAUGAGUAUAAAAAGCAAAUGCAGCAAUACUACACAGAUAUUCAACGUUUGCAAGGUGAAAAUUCGGCAACGCAGGUGUCAUCUGCCAUUUCAUCUAAUACGUCUCCGGCAACAACAACUGAACAGUUAGCAAGUUAUGUACCAGCUCCAUCACCACCUGCAGUUGACUUUGCUUCAAUAUACUCAACAUCUCCAGUUAAUCCAGAUCCACAAUCUAUUCCAGCUACUUCGGAAGUACAAUCAGUACCAACUGCAACGAUAUUCUCGUACCCCCCAGCUGCUCCACCAGCUUCUCCAUCGGCUGUAACGAGCAUAUCUGCACAAGUUCCUCAAGUUGCAUCGGCACCCGUUUAUAGUAGCCCUUCAGUAGCUCAAGCACCACAAAAUGUUAACCAAAGUCCAGUACAACCUUUAUUAAACUAUGCUCCUUCAAAUCCAGUGAACGCAAGUGUAACUUUUACUGCUGCCAUAGGUCAAAAUGUGACAGCUUUAAAAGCACCAAUAAAUACGCUAAUGAUGGGUCAACUUAUACAAAAUGAAAACGAUUCUAAAGUUUAUAAUCCUAAAUUAACGUCAAGUGCUUUAUAUAGCGAAAAAAAGCCACAAAAAGAAGAAUCUUCUCAAUCUCCUAAAAAUGUAUCUAAUGCAGAAAAUACCAACACUGUAAAGGAGAUUACACCACAAGCUAUGGUAAAAGAUAAAGAAAAAUUAAGCACUGAUUUGAAGGAAGGGGACCGACCGGCUCUUAAAAUUGAAAAGAUUAAAUCUCAAAAAAAAAUUACAAAAGAAAACAGCGAGGACGACGAAGCCACUAAUGAGCAAAUUCGAACCGAAUCAAAACAUUUAGAAAAAAAUUUAUCUCAAGCAAAAGAGAAGAGACUAAAAGCCGAGCUUCAAGCUAAAGCUAAAAAAUUAAAAUCUGCAAAAAAAGUUGACGUUGAAGAGGAAAGCGGUGAUUCUAGCGAGGAGCAAUUGUCGAAAAAAUUAAAUUCAUUUGGUUCUAAAAUAAAACAUAAAAAACCAAUAAAAUCACGCCAUUUAAAAAAUCGUCUCAAAAACAAAAAAGUUAAAAAGCCUAAGCUCAAAAAAAAAAAAGUUAAAAGCGAGGCAAAAUUUAAAAACGAGGCAACUACCAGCAGUAAGCAUUUUUCUGAAUUUUUAAAGACAGCUGAGGAAAACGAUAUAGAAUAUAAUCUUCCUUCGGAAAAAGAAAACGUUGAAGAAUCCGGAUCUGAGAGCGGCAUCGGAGCAGAAGGGGAAUUUGAAGAUGCGUUAGCUAAAGAUCUAGAAGAGCUAAGUUUUAUCACAGGAUUAAAUUUUGAUGAUGAUGAUUAUGACGUUGCAGAUGAUAUAUCAAAUGAAAUUCAAAAUUUAGACAGCAAGAAAAAAACCCAUAAAAUCAGUGUUGAAGAAUCUUCUCUUUUUAAUGCAAGAGCCAGUACCAAAAGAAACAAUGCUCACCAUGUUAAUGUAGCUAGAAGUCAUGUCCCUAUUGUAGAAGAAGAUAGUUCAUUUAUGAAGCUCGAGGAUGAGUCAACUAAAUCAAAUAUCCCAUCUAAUAACCAGUUAGCUUCAGAAGAAUCAUCUGAUGAAGACGAAAAUGAAAUAAAUUUUGAAGACGAUGAUAAUUUAAGUGGUGACAGUUCAGACAAAAAAUCAAAGGUUUUAUACAAGGUUAAGCAGUCUAAACAUAAAAGGAAAGCCAAAUUAAAAGGUACAUCAAAUGUAAGACCAAGUAAUAGUGACAUAGUCACUCCAUUUAAAAUAAGAGCUAAAUCUGUAUAUCAAGCCAAAAAACCAAAUGCUAUAAAUUCAUUGAACACUCUCAAGUUUGGUUCUGUUACAUCUCAAAAACCUAAUAUCACAAAAUCUUUAAAUGCUUCUUUAAAGUCUGCAUCUAUUGCAUCUGGAAAACCUGAUAUCACUAGCUCUUUAAAUGCUUCUUCAAAUUCUGCUGCUGCUAAAACUCGAAAACCUAAUAUCACUAACUCUUGGAAUGCUCCUUCAAAGUCUCGUAAACCUAUCACAAAUUCUUGGAAUGCUUCUACUUCAAAGUCUGCUAAUGUUGCAACUCAAACAAUAGUCUCUUCGAAACAUAAAAAAUUACAAAACUUAAAUGCAGUUAAAAACAAUUUCAAAUUAAUAACAGCAGUAAAGGGCUCUCGUUUGAUAGUUAAUAGCAAACCAAAUGUUACUGUCCAAAACAAAUUAAAUUUAGGUUUGGUGAAUAAAAACACUCAAUCAAACAAUAAUGACAACAGUUCUAAUUUAGAAGAAGGUUUUAAUGAUGAAUAUGAAAAUGCUCUAUCUUCAUUUGAUGAUGAAAGUGGAAGUGCAAGUGGAGGUGACUCACCAGGUGUUUUACCUUCAGUUAAAGAAAAUUUAAAUAAAAGUAAUUCUCCUGCUGAUAUUUUGGCUACAAGUGAAGAAGGAAAGUUGAUUAAAGUUAUCUCUAAAGCAGGCAACCAGGAAGGUAAAAUCAGUUUUGUUUUAAAGCAAAACUUUAAUUCAUUGUUGAAUGAUGUGCAUUCUCCUAAUUACAUGAUGCUUUCUGGAAAUGUUAAAAAAGAUUUGGAAAAAGCAUUGAUGAAAGGAAAAAUAGAAGAUAUUACAUUUUCUGAAGCAGAUAUUGAGGGAAAUCCGAGACAAACAGGUAAAACGAAAGUCUCGUUUAAUAUCAAAAGCCGUGAUAGUCUUAUACGGGUUUUAAUGAAAUUGGUUGAUACCGGCUCAAUUAAUGGUUUAGCUGUUGUUAAAGGCUCCAUGGAGUACGACGAUAAAUAAAACAAUGCUCAGGUUUCAUGGUUAUUAUAUGGCUUAUAAAAGUAAGCAAACACAAGCGUAAAAGUAGAAGGCAAAUCAAUAGUAGAAGGAGGAAAAUCUUUUUAUGAAGAACUUUCUCGAGUUUUUAAAUAUAAAAAUAGUGACAUAUAUAAAGUGUAAAUAAUUUAUACCAGUAGUGUUAGAUGAGAUUUUUUAUAAAAAAAUUUGUUACAACUGUCAUUGAAACGUACAUUUGAAUGAUAUAAUAUUAUCAUGUCAAUUUCGUCUAGUGUAAUGCAUUACACCAUACAUGUGGAAUUUAUGUAUUGUGUUUUCAAAUAUUAAAAUGUCGUCGUUUCUUUUGA